AUGGCCUGGAUUAGUGCCCAACAGGACCACAUGCAACGUCUUCCUCGAGCAGGUGAGGAUAGAAUAUCCCUGUUGCAGAAGGACCUCGACAUCUGUCAAGUGGAAAGUGUGAUUUCUCGUCUGAGUGAUCGGGAAGCCUUAAAUGUGCGUUUCAGGGACAUACCCAUGAAAGAGCUGCGUGCCAGUCUUUUCACCUUGUCCUCCUCCACGGCCCAAGUCAAUUAUGUCUACUCCGUAGGCCUGGUCUAUGAUCCACUCCUGCGAACCCUAUCAAAAACGAACAUGGGUGAAGCUUUCAAUGCUAUUGUGUUUGACCUUCGCAGUAUAUGUGCCUAUAAUAGUUUGGUUUUGUGA